AUGAACGGCAAGGAAGGAGGUCACAAAAGACGCACUUCUCUCUCCCGGCCUCGCGUCCCAAUCGGUUUCGGCGCUGCGUCCGGAGUCCCUUCCCAGUGGAUGAGAAGGCUAACGCAUGAAGACGGGAUACCAGCGAGUUUCGGGUGGUUUUGUCCGGCGCGGGGCUUGAGCAUUCCACGCCGUUGUGGGGACGGCGGCGGCGGCGGCGGCGGCGGCGGCGGCGACAGUGGCGACGGCGUUCGAGAGUGUGGCCGAGAGGUUGUCGGACGGUACUUACCAUGUGUGAGUGGCGGUGGCGGCUACAACGGGGCCUUCAGGGCCCCGGGGCUGAAAAUUUCGGUCCGGCAAACCCAGGCGCGCGGCGCCACAGUAAUCGUGUCAUUCUCGACGGGAGGCAACCACAAGGAAGAUGCCGGGUUGCGGAGAGAUGAGCGCGAGCGAGCGGCGCCGUGGCGGAGACAUCCCAGAGACAUGGGCCAACCCGGUCAUCGCCCUCCCGACAUCAUGGUGUAA